GAGUGAGCAGACCCAACCCAGCACACAAGGAUGAGGAACCAAACACAGGAGAGCACAAAGUGAUGCCCACAUAGAAUGACUGCCCUGGGAGGGUGGAUCCACAGGCCCUGGCAGGGCUGCUGACCCUCAGCUGCAAACCACGAAGAGCAGAAGGACCCUGGACUGUUCCUGUGGAGGGUCCCCUGCCCUGCAGCUCCACCAUGAGGCUCCUUGUGGCCCCCCUCUUGCUAGCUUGGGUGGCUGGUGCCACUGCUGCUGUGCCCGUGGUGCCCUGGCGUGUGCCCUGUCCCCCUCAGUGUGCCUGCCAGAUCCGGCCCUGGUAUACACCCCGCUCGUCCUACCGCGAGGCCACCACCGUGGACUGCAAUGACCUCUUUCUGACAGCGGUGCCCCCCGCGCUCCCUGCGGGGACACAGACCCUGCUGCUGCAGAGCAAUGGCAUCGUCCGCGUGGACCAGAGUGAGCUCGCCUACCUGGCCAACCUCACAGAGCUGGACCUGUCCCAGAACAGUUUCUCGGAUGCUCGAGACUGUGACUUCCGGGCCCUGCCACAGCUGCUGAGCCUGCACCUGGAGGAGAACCAGCUGAGCCGGCUGGAGGACCACAGCUUUGUCGGGCUGACCAGCCUGCAGGAGCUCUAUCUCAACCACAACCAGCUCUACCGCAUCGCCCCCAGGGCCUUCGCCGGCCUCAGCAACCUGCUGCGGCUGCACCUCAACUCCAACCUGCUGAGGGCCAUUGACAGCCGCUGGUUCGAGAUGUUGCCCAACUUGGAGAUCCUCAUGAUCGGUGGAAACAAGGUGGACGCCAUCUUGGACAUGAAUUUCCGGCCCCUGGCCAACCUGCGCAGCCUGGUGCUGGCAGGCAUGAGCCUGCGGGAGAUCUCUGACUACGCCCUGGAGGGGCUGCAAAGCCUGGAGAGUCUCUCCUUCUACGACAACCAGCUGGCCCGGGUGCCCAGGCGGGCCCUGGAACAGGUUCCCGGGCUCAAGUUCCUAGAUCUGAAUAAGAACCCUCUGCAGCGGGUGGGGCAGAGAGACUUCGCCAACAUGCUGCACCUCAAGGAGCUGGGGCUGAACAACAUGGAGGAGCUGGUCUCCAUCGACAAGUUUGCCCUGGUUAACCUCCCUGAGCUGACCAAGCUGGACAUCACCAACAACCCGCGGCUGUCCUUCAUCCACCCGCGCGCCUUCCACCACCUGCCCCAGAUGGAGACACUCAUGCUCAACAACAACGCUCUCAGUGCCUUGCACCAGCAGACAGUGGAGUCCCUGCCCAACCUGCAGGAGGUGGGGCUCCAUGGAAACCCCAUUCGCUGUGACUGUGUCAUCCGCUGGGCCAAUGCCACGGGCACCCGGUUUCGCUUCAUUGAGCCACAGUCCACCCUGUGCGCGGAACCGCCUGACCUCCAGCGCCGCCCAGUCCGCGAGGUGCCCUUCCGAGAAAUGACGGACCACUGCCUGCCCCUCAUCUCCCCCCGCAGCUUCCCCGCUAGCCUUCAGGUGGCCAGUGGAGAGAGCAUGGUACUGCACUGCCGGGCGCUGGCCGAACCUGAACCCGAGAUCUACUGGGUUACUCCAUCCGGGCUUCGACUGACACCUGCCCACGCAGGCAGGAGGUACCGGGUGUACCCCGAAGGAACCCUGGAGCUGCGGAGGGUGACAGCGGAAGAGGCAGGGCUGUACACCUGUGUGGCGCAGAACCUGGUGGGGGCUGACUCUAAGACAGUCAGUGUGGUGGUUGGCCAUAAGUCCUUCCAGCGAGGCAGGGAGGAGGAACAGGGACUGGAGCUGCGGGUGCAGGAGACCCAUCCCUAUCACAUCUUGCUGUCUUGGAUCCCUCCACCCAACAUAGUCUCCACCAACCUCACCUGGUCCAGCGCCUCUUCCCUCCGGGGCCGGGGAGUCCCUGCUCUGGCUCGUCUGCCCCGGGGCACUCACAGCUACAACAUCACCCGCCUCGUCCAGGCCACAGAGUACUGGGCCUGCCUGCAAGUGGCCUUUGCUGAUGCCCACACCCAGUUGGCUUGUGUAUGGGCCAGGACUAAAGAGGCGUCUCCUUGCCAUAGAGCCCUAGGGGACCGGCCUGGGCUCAUAGCCAUCCUGGCUGUUGCUGUGCUCCUACUGGCAGCUGGGCUCAAGGUCCACCUUGGCACAGGCCAGCCCAGGCAAGGGGUGGGUGGGCGGCCUCUCCUUCCAGCCUGGGCUUUCUGGGGCUGGAGUGCCCCCUCUGUCCGUGUAGUGUCAGCACCCCUUGUCCUGCCCUGGAAUCCAGGGAGGGAGCCUUGUAGAUCCCCAGAAGGGAUGACACUGUCACCACCAUUGUCUCAGCAUUCCUGAAGUUUGGCCAGUUCUCAGCGGUAGAGAAAUAACUAGGACUUUUUACCAAAAGGGAAAUGAUCUGAGCCAGGUGCACUGCCAGGAAAGUGGAUGGACCUGUGUGCUUGAGGCCUGGCAGCUGGACCAAGACACUUGAGGCUCUGUGGCUCCAGGGGGUGCUCCUGCAGCCUCCCAAAAGUUAUUUUUACCUUCUGGGGGUCCUCUGCUGCCAUUCUGAGGAAUAUCUCUAAGGAACAGGAAGGACUCUGGCUAGAGCCUCCCAUGUCCCCACUUAUCAAUGUGCCCAGGGGCAGCUGGGCCUCUGCUUGGUUGUCCCCUGCCUGUGUCCCCUGGCCCUUGGCCUACAGGAUGCACCCAUUCCUCUUCUUUUUCUUUGUACAGUCUCAGUUGCUUGCUCAUUUCCCUCCUGGGCAAGGGCUGAAAGAGGCCUCUCCUUCCCAUUUUGGGGAUCUGUCCCCGAAGUGGGAGUGACCCCCCCAGCUGGAUCUGAAGGACAUUUGGGGAGAGGGAUGCCCAGGAAUGCCUCAUCUUGCAGCCUGGGCUCUCUGAAGUUGACUUUCUAUAGGCAAUUUUGUACCUUUGUGGAGAAAUGUGUCACCUGCCCCCAACCCAAUUCACUCUUUUCUCCUGUUUUGUAAAAAAUAAAAGUAAACAAUAAUA